UAAAAUGAGUCAUUGUCAAUGAUGGAUAUUACUCAGUCUCUUCACUCUGCAGCCCUUUUCCUCAGUCUCCACUCUGUAGCCCUUCUCUCAUUUUAUCAACUCUUCCUACUUUCUCCCCUUCACGCUCGUUCUUCCGAGUAAUCAAUCUCAUUUUCCAUUUUGCUGCUUUGUGUUUCUCCUCACUCUAUAACACUGUUCUCAGUCUUUCUCAGUCUCUUCACUCUGCAGCGCUUUUCUGAGUCUUUCUCAGUCUCCACUCUGUAGCCCGUUUCUCAUUUUAUCAACUCAUCAUACUUUAUGCCCUUCACACUCGUUCUUUCAAGUAAUCAAUCUUAUUUUCCAUUUUGCUGCUUUGUGUUUCUCCUCUCCUCCUCUCCUCUUCUUGCAAACAAAAAAUAAAAAAUAAAAAAAAUUAUUGUUUCCUUCAUAGCUAAAACCUUCCACCUACUCUGCCCUUUGGAUACCUCGAACCUUUCAUCUCCUUAUUUUCAUCUGUCACACUCAAUUAAUUACCAUUUUUCUUUUGUGGUGUUUUCCUUCUCCUGAGGCCCUUCUUAUUUUCUGCUUUUGCUCAAUUCCCAUCUAUUUCCAGAGAAAGAAAACUUGGAAAAUGGCAGCAAUUCUUAUGUCCGCUGCAGCAAAUGUUGCAGGAAAAGUUGCAGGGUACCUGGUUGAUCCAAUUGUACGUCAACUGGGUUACCUGUUUAACUAUCGUAGCAACCUUGAUGAGCUUGUGGAACAAGUUGAGAGGCUGGGUAAUGCAAGGGAGAGGCUGCAGCACGAUGUGGAUGAGGCUAAUAGGCAAGGGGAUGAUAUCGAAAAUGAUGUCCGGGAUUGGCUGACACGUACAGAAGAGAUCAUCCAAAGGGCAAGGGAAUUGAUUCAAGAUGAAAACGCUGAAAACACGAGCUGUUUGUGUUUCAAUUUAAAGUUGGGGUACCAGCGAAGCAGGCAAGCGAAGGAGCUGUCUGAGGAUAUUGGUGAACUCCAAGAAGAAAAUAACUUUACCAGGGUAUCAUAUCGCCCUCCUCUACAAGGGAUAUGGUCUCCACGCCUCAGAGAUUGUGAACCUUUGGUAUCGAGAGCAUCUAUUUUAAACCGAAUUAUGGAGGCCUUGAGAAAUGAUGAUAUCAGGAUGAUUGGUGUGUGGGGGAUGGGCGGUGUGGGCAAAACCACCCUUGCCAAUCAAGUAGCGAAAAAUGCCGAGGAAGAUAAGUUAUUUGAAAAGGUGGUUAUGGCAUUAAAUAUAUCCCAAAUUCCAAAUGUGACAAAAAUUCAGGAAGAUAUUGCAGGUAUUUUGGGGUUGAAAUUUGAGCAGGAAGGGGAAUUAGAAAGAGCACACCGCUUACGUCGAAGUUUGAACAAACACAAGACGGUCCUGGUGAUUUUGGAUGAUAUUUGGGGGGAACUUCUGUUGGAAAAAAUCGGAAUUCCUUGUGGAGAUGCUCAGAGGGGGUGUAAAGUGCUGCUGACUUCCAGAAGCCAGGGUCUGUUAUCUAGAAGUAUGGGUACUCAGAUAAACUUCCAUGUUCAACAUUUAUGUGAAGAGGAAGCCUGGAGUUUAUUUAAGAAGACAGCAGGUGAUUCAGUGGAGCAGCUUAAAUCCAUAGCAAUUAAAGUACUUAGAGAAUGUGAUGGUCUACCAGUUGCCAUUGUAACAGUUGCAAAGGCGUUAAAAGGCGAGAGUGGUGAGGCUGUGUGGAACAAUGCUUUGCUAGAACUGGAGAAUUCUGCACCAGCCAACAUCGAGGACGUGGAUGAUAAAGUAUACAAAUGUCUGCAGUUGAGCUACGACCACUUGAAAAGUGAAGAAGUGAAGCGUUUGUUCUUACUUUGUGGUAUGCUGGGCUAUGGUGAUAUUUCAAUGGAUCAAUUGUUAAAAUGUGGCAUGGGUUUGGAUUUGUUUGAACACGUGAGUUCAUUGGAGCAAAUAACAAAUAAACUAGUGACAUUGGUCAAAAUCCUCAAAGACUCAAGCUUGCUGCUUGAUGUUGAAAAUAAACAUUUCUUUGAGUGGCCAGGUGUGUUUUUCGGAUACAAUUAUGAAAACAGGUUUGUCAGAAUGCAUGAUGUUGUUGGUGAUGUUGCCAGAGCAAUUGCAGCAGAAGGUCCUCAUCGAUUUGUUGUGAUCAAAGAAGCUCUUGGAUUAGAAGAAUUGCAAAGGAAGGAGGAGUUCAGAAAUUGCAGUCGUAUAUCUUUGAAUUGCAAAAAUCUCCAUGAGCUUCCACAAAGAUUGGUAUGCCCCAGACUUGAAUUCUUUGUAUUGAAUAGUGAUGCUGAAUCUUUGGGAAUUCCAGACCCCUUUUUUGAAGGGACGGAACUACUAAAAGUUUUGGACUUGUCUAACGUGUGUCUUACACGACUGCCUUCAUCACUUGGUUUUCUUUCCAAUCUUCGAACAUUGCGUGUAUACCGAUGCACAUUCGAAGACAUAGCAGUAAUCGGAGAACUAAAGAAGCUACAAGUUCUUAGUUUUGAAAGUUGCAAAAUUAAACGGUUGCCGAAAGAAUUCAUGCAAUUGACUGAUCUAAGGGCGCUGGACUUGUGGGAUUGCUCUGAUCUCGAAGUAAUUCCCCAAAAUGUCAUAUCAAGUGUAUCUCGAUUGGAGCAUUUAUGUUUAGUAAAAAGUUUUACCAAAUGGGGGGCUGAAGGAUUUGGUAGUGGAGAAAGCAAUAAUGCUUGCCUUUCUGAGCUGAACAACUUGUCCUAUUUGAAGACUUUAUGUAUAGAAAUAACGGAUCCCAAUUUGCUCUCAGCAGAUCUGGUCUUUGAGAAGCUUACCAGAUAUGUGAUAUCAGUGGAUCCCGAGGCAGACUGUGUUGUUGAUUAUCAUAAUAGAUCCGCAAGAACGUUGAAGCUCUGGAGGGUUAACAAACCUUGCUUGGUGGACUGCUUUUCCAAGCUGUUCAAGACAGUCGAAGAUUUAACAUUGUUUAAGUUGGAUUACGAGCUCGAUACCAAAGGUUUUCUUCAACUCAAGUAUCUCUCUAUAAUUCGUUGUCCUGGGAUUCAAUACAUUGUUGAUUCAAUACACAGUGCCUUUCCUAUCUUGGAGACAUUGUUUAUUUCUGGACUCCAGAACAUGGAUGCAGUAUGCUGUGGCCCAAUUCCAGAGGGAUCUUUUGGGAAGUUACGUUCUUUAACAGUGAAGUAUUGUAUGAGGUUGAAAUCAUUCAUAUCCCUUCCGAGGGAGCAAGGAAGGGAUCGAUGGGUGAAUCGUCAAAUGGGAUCCUUGGAUUUGACACGGGACUUCAUCUUUACGGGAACCGAUGUUCCCACACCAUUCUUCAAUGAACAGGUUACACUCCCUAGCUUGGAGGACUUGACAAUAGAAGGUAUGGAUAAUGUGAUAGCAAUAUGGCACAACCAACUUCCUCUAGAGUCCUGGUGCAAAUUGAGAAGUUUGCAUUUAUUACGUUGCACGGAACUACGGAAUGUUUUUCCAUCCAAUAUCCUAAAAGGGUUUCAAAGUCUAGAAGAUGUGAGCAUAGAUGAUUGUCAAUCCAUAAAAGAGAUUUUUGAUCUAGGGGGAGUAAAUAGCGAGGAAAUUCAUGAUAUUGAAACCAUUCCAUUGAGAAUAUUGGAUUUACGUCGGCUGUGUAGUUUGAAGAGUAUAUGGAAUAAGGAUCCUCAAGGACUUGUCUCCUUUCAAAACCUACAGUCAUUAAAAGUCGUUGGGUGUAGUUGUUUAAAAUAUAUUUUUCCCAUUACGGUGGCAGAAGGCCUCGUGCAACUUAAAUUCCUAGGGAUAAAAGAUUGUGGAGUGGAGGAAAUUGUUGCAAAUGAAAAUGUAGAUGAAGUAAUGUCCUCAUUAUUCCCUGAACUAACCUCUCUCACACUCAAAAGAUUAAACAAACUGAAAGGUUUCUACCGAGGAACACGUAUUGCAAGAUGGCCACAAUUGAAAAGCCUAAUUAUGUGGAAAUCGGGUCAAGUGGAGACACUUUUUCAAGAAAUAGAUUCAGAUGAUUAUAUUGAUAGUCCAAUUCAACAAUCUUUCUUCUUGUUGGAAAAGGAUGCAUUCCUUAAUUUGGAGCUAUUGAUCUUAAAGGGCUCCACGAUGAAAAUAUGGCAAGGCCAAUUUUCGGGGGAGUCAUUUUGCAAGCUGAGAGUUUUGAAGAUAAAAAUGUGUCACAACAUUUUGGUUGUGAUCCCUUGUAGUAGGCUUCCAAAGUUGCAUAAUCUAAAGGAACUCUAUGUGAGCAAGUGUAAUUCAGUGGAAGAGGUAUUCCAAAUGAAGGAACUUGUGAAUCAGGAAUACCAAGUUGAGACACUCCCACGAUUAACUAAAAUGUUCCUAGAAGAUCUACCACUGUUGACAUAUCUAUCUGGAUUGGUUCAAAUUUUUGAGAAUCUUCAUUCUCUAACAGUACAUGGUUGUGAAAAUUUAAUAUAUUUGGUGACAUCCUCAAUAGCUAAAACAUUGGUGCAACUCAAAGAGCUUACUAUAGAACAAUGCAAAUUAGUGAAAGAAAUAGUCGGACAUGAGGGAGGUGAAGAACCAUAUGAUAUUGUUUUCUCCAAAUUACAAAGGUUGAGACUUGUUAACUUACAAAGUCUAAAAUGGUUCUGCUCAACUAGAUGCAUCUUCAAAUUCCCAUCCUUGGAACAAUUUGAGGUGGAAGAAUGCCCUCAGAUGGAAUAUUUUUGUGAGACAGUCCCAAGUACACCAAGGGUAAAGGAAGUAAAAAUUGACGAUCAUGUGGAAGAGCAAUUUUUGGGGUGUGACAUCAAUACCAUCAUCCAUAAUACAACUUUGGAGAAGUUUAUAAUUGUCGAGGUGAUGUUUGAGAAGGAUCCUGAGGCUCUUGGGGCAACCAUUCAAUUACAUUGUGAGGAUUAUGAAGAAUGGGAUUUUGGAGAAUGGGAUUUUGGAGAUAGUGACGAUGAUGAUGUUUAUGAGGUCAACGAUGAUGAUUAGGUCAACGAAGAGAUGAUGAGGUCAAAGAAGAGAGAGGAAGAUGUGAUGAGGAAGAUGAGAAUGAGGGAUAGAGAGAUGGAGAGAGUGAUAAAAGGGAAGGAGAGGGAGAUGUAAAUGAGGGAGAGGGAGUAGAAGAGAAAUACGAGGAUGAGGAUGAUGACAGACCAUAGCCACGACAGACUGAUUUAAUUUUCUAUAUGAAGAAAAAUGAAUAGGUAUGCGAGAUUUCCUUCUUUUGAGAAGCUGCACAGAUACCAUCCUUGGUAGAGAGAUCCUAGCUAAUGAUAUUUCUUUCAUUUAAAUUAAAUAGAGGAAGGUUUUUCUCUCUAAGUGUCUUGAUUUUUUUCAAUAAAUAAGCUAGAUCUUUUGUAUGCGUUACUCUAAAGCUUGAUAUUUCUAGAUUGCUACAAUUCAACUCUCCAUGAUUUAAAUUGCUACUGAAUUUAGGAAACUUUAUUAGUAUUA